AUGGUGGUUGGGGAGAACGACUGUAGAGGCAGAAAACAAGUGAUUCCCAUGGAGCCGGCUUUGCCCAACUACAGAGGCAUCAGGCAGCAAACAAUGGGAAAGUGGGUCGCCGAGAUUCGAGACCCGAACAGAGGAAGCCGGCUUUGGCUGGGAACCUUCUCCACCACUCUCGAAGAUGCUCUAGCUUACGAUGAGGCUACCAAAGCCAUGUGUGGUCUUUGUAACUUUUCAUUGGAAGAACUGUUUAAUAUGGAGAAGCUAUUGGGGAUGCUGGGUCCAAAUACUCCUGGGCCAAGACUGAAGAAUGAGUACGAUCAAUUAGGUGUCUCUGAUCAAUUGCAGUGUGGUAGUCCAUCGGAUUUAUUGUAUCAGCUGCUGAAUCCUAUUGAACUGGAGGGAGAUGACGGGUAUCGGCUAUACUUGUAUGACGAGCAAGGAUUGCUUCAAUUGGGUUUUCCUGAUUUGUGGUUUUAA